AUGCCUGCAAUGAGCGAGUGCGUGAGGCUGAACAAGGCCUGCACUGGCGGUUGCUGCAUGUGCGAGUCGGAUAAAUGGUAUGGCGCUAAUUGUGACCAGCCUCUGUGCUGGCCCAAAUGCCGACACGGGGGCUGCGUUGCCCCCAACGUCUGCCAUUGCGAUGAAGGGUGGUCCGGACCGUCUUGUGAGAUCGCCUCCUGCGACCCGCCUUGCAAGGCUGGACAGGGCAUCUGUGCAUGGCCGAAUCGAUGCGAGUGUUUCUAUGGGUGGAGUGGCGCUUCCUGUGAAACACCUAUAUCGAAUCCUCCGUGUGUGAACGGGGAGGCGAUCUGUCCAGAUCUCUGUAAAUGCGAGCCUGGUUGGGGAGGUCGUAUUUGCGACUAUCCCCUUUGCCAACACUGGCCGGAGCCUUCCUCUGACUGCGGUCAUGGCUACUGUGAAUCACCUAACAGAUGUGUCUGCGAUCCUGGAUGGACACACCUCGUCACGAAGGGCCAGGACGGCAUGGACGAGCUGCCCUUCUGGUGA